UUGAAAAAAAUGACUAAUUCCGAAAUAUUGUCAUCACUGAUCAAUCCAAAAAAUGGUUUCUGCAAAGCAAACUCCACAUUUUACAGUAAACGCAUACCAUUGGCUCUUCCUUUAAACAAAUCGCUCGACGUCACCACAUUCAUCUCAUCCCAAACACACCGUGGCACAACUGCCUUCAUAGACGCUCGCAUGGACCUUCGCAUCAGUUUCUCUGAUUUAUGGAGAGCAGUGGAUCGUGUCGCCGACUGUAUUCACAAUGAUGUGGGAAUACGUAAAGGCGACGUUGUCCUCGUCCUCUCUCCCAACUCCAUCACCAUCCCCAUCUUUUGUCUAUCAGUCAUGUCUCUCGGCGCUAUCGUCACCACCGCAAAUCCUCUCAAUACUGCCGGUGAAAUAUCUAUACAGAUUGCCGAUAGUAAUCCAAAGCUCGCCUUUACAACCCCGGAACUGGCUCAUAAAAUCUCCGGUUCCUGUAUCUCCAUCAUCCUGGACCGCGUUGAACCUAUUCAACGCGCUCCAGGAGGACUCAAAGUGGUUGGAAUAUUAGGUGAGAUGAUGAAGAAAGAACCAAGUGGACAACGAGUGAGAAACCAAGUUAACAAAGACUAUACAGCGAUGUUGCUUUACUCGUCAGGGACAACAGGACGAAGCAAAGGUGUGAUUUCGUCUCACGGGAACCUAAUAGCACAUGUGGCGAGAUACAUUGCGGAGCCAUUUGAACAGCCACAACAGACCUUCCUAUGCACUGUUCCAUUGUUCCACACGUUUGGUUUGCUCAACUCUGUUAUGGCCACUUUGACGUCAGGUACUACCGUUGUCAUUCUACCUCGGUUCGAGCUCGGCGAGGUGUUGGCAGCGGUUGAGAAAUACAGAGCCACGACUCUGAUUCUCGUGCCUCCAGUUUUAGUAGCCAUGAUAAACAAAGCGGAUCAGAUAAAGGCGAAGUACGACGCUAGUUUUCUAAGAACAGUGCGGUGCGGUGGAGCACCGUUGAGCAAGGAGGUUACAGAAAGGUUUAUGGAGAAAUAUCCAACGGUUAAUGUUUAUCAAGGCUACGCAUUGACGGAAUCCAACGGUGCAGGAACUUCGAUAGAUUCUGUAGAGGAGAGUCGGAGAUACGGUGCGGUGGGAUUGUUGUCGUGUGGUGCAGAAGCGAGGGUUGUGGAUCCGGAGACAGGCCUGGUCAUGGGUGUGAACCAAACGGGAGAGCUUUGGCUUAAAGGGCCUUCUAUUGCCAAAGGUUAUUUUAGAAAUGAAGAAGAAAUUAUUACUUCAGAAGGAUGGCUUAAAACAGGAGAUCUUUGCUAUAUAGACGACGAUGGAUUUCUUUUUAUUGUGGAUCGAUUGAAAGAGCUAAUCAAAUACAAUGGUUUUCAGGUAGCUCCAGCUGAACUAGAGGCUCUCCUACUGAAUCACCCUGAUAUUCUCGACGCAGCAGUUAUUCCGUUUCCGGAUAAAGAAGCAGGACAAUAUCCGAUGGCUUACGUGACACGAAAACCUGAGAGCAAUCUCUGUGAGAAAAAAGUUAUCGAAUUUAUUUCUAAACAGGUGGCACCAUAUAAGAAAAUAAGAAAGGUCGCAUUUAUAGACUCCAUACCAAAGACUCCAUCGGGCAAGACACUUCGCAAGGAUCUAGUCAAAUAUGCCAUUUCUAAACUUUAAAAGAAUCGAUAAAAUGUAUUCAUUUUCACAUUUUUAGUGAUUUGUGUAAAAUUUAUAAAUCAUAUAUUAUUCAAUUAU